AGCUUGGGCUUGGGCUCAUGCCGAGACCGUCUUUCCCGGCUCUGCCUGGCGCAGAGGUAACUAGCGUGUGGCCAGGAAAGCGGAAAUCUAACCUGCGGUGCAGUGGGCUCGGGGUCUGGCCUAGAUCUACGAACGCAGGAAAGAGAAGCGUGUUUCUCUAGGUCGUCUGCGCUGCUCUGACCCGUAAGGCUGUGCACUGAAUAACAAACGCCUGCUUCUAAGCGGUUCUCGUCUUAAAAUGCAUGUCAUCCAAAUAAGGCAAGAGAACUGAAGCAAGAAUCCGAGAUAGUUUGAAAAGUAAAGAAACGACGGAGAAUGGGACGAUCAAAAUAUGCCAGUUGGGAAAACGGUUUUGUGCGGGAGGCGGGAGCCGAGGGGGGGUCGCCGAGGGACCGGGGCUGCUGGGGAGUCUGAUAGGCUGACGGACACCUCCAGUUGAUGGUUUUGAGCCUGAUUUGCAAGUCUGAUAAAAGUGUUUAAAACGCUACCAGAUCAGACAAGAACGAGAAAAGACAUAUUAGGAAAAUGGAAUCCUUUCAUCUUUGAAAUAUUUUGAUCUCGGUUGUUGGAGUUUGAAAUGUAAGAAGUUUUCUUUCGCUCGCUCGUCGCUGGAAUCGGGUCAGACUUCGGGCAUUGAUUGCCUGUGUCUUUUCGUUCCGGGGCCCCCUCCCCCGCUCAGUCGGCCUCAUUCCUGCCCGAGCCCGUGGCCCGACCCACCUGGCUGCCGCGGGCUGGCUCCUGCCCCCGUCUUGCCCCAGACCUUGCUCUUUCAUUAACAGGUAUGAUUAUGUCGACUUCUCUGGGCACCAGGUGCUUUUCCGAGCACUCGACAAACACAAACUCCUCAGUCCUGGUAACAAACUGCCAGGGGGGUGCCGGAACCGCCCCACUUUGUGGGUGGGAUCAGAGAGAAACCGCCUCCAGUUGGUAUCCCUGGGGCUUAGAAGCCAGAGACGGGCGUUUUCAAUGGCAGAAACUGCUGUCAGGACGUGAAAAGGAGAAGGUGCAGAAAUAUGUCAGGGAGAAGCCAGGCUUCCUGUCGCCGUGGGAUUAUUCUGACAGUGAGGGGGGUGUGACUGGGAAAAGCUGAGCGCCCCUUUGAAGAGCCAGAACUAAUCACGGCGGCCGAAAGGAACGGCUCAGGUGAGUGCUCUCAGCGCCCGGUGUGGCGUGGGAGUGGGCGCCGGGCGUGGACAGGGCUGCCCACGUCCACACGCCCGUUCAGCGGGUUUCGAGGGGCCCUAAGUGCACAUGUGGGGCCUCGCUGGGCCAGGAAAACCGAGCUGACACAUCACACGUUUAACUGAGAACAAGCAAACACAGAAAAUCCAACACGGACACAUCAAUGUACAUACCUCCUCGGGAACGAAUACACUUUGGAGGGGAGUGUGUACUCAAUGCUAUGUGGCCUAAAAACGCCCUACUGGAAACUGGGACACUGUCUCCUACCCUCAAUCUAAGUCAGCGUCUCGGGCGUGGGAGAGGGUGGCCCGUGGCGGCCCGGGGGCUGGGGCCACGGGAUGUGCUCUCGGGACCAGGAGGAGCGACAGGCUGUCAGGCCAGGAAGAAGGAAGCAGAGAGGGGGCUGGGCCACCCGUCAGGAGCCACACACGUGCCCUCAGAGGCCCCAGUGGAGAGGCCCACGCCCCAGAUAACCGGGCCUGUGCUGUUUCCCGCCACGAACGGCCCAGGGCUUGACAACAGGCAAAAUCGUUUUUGUUCGAAGACGAGAUCUAAACGUGCGUAAGCGGGUGCACACGGACACGUUCCAUGUACUUGCUGCAGUGAGUCCUGGGACCCUCAGCUGGCAAGUGGGGCCAAGAAGGGACGCCUCUUCUCCGUUCUCUGCUCUGUCUCCAGUCGGUCCUGCGUCGGGGGACGAGGCUGCAGCCGUAUCACCUGCGUGCACCUCCGCGAGGCUGGACAGACUGCACGAGCCUGGAGCAGCCGACGACGGACGCCACUCACCGCAACGGUGGCCUCGUCCGCGCUCCCCGCGGACCUCGUGAAGCUCACACGCCAUUCCUGCCUUUCCACUCAGGGUGCAGAGUUUCCAGGCUCACUCUUCCCCGGUCAGCUCGCAAGAGGGCCUCCCUUCGCAAGGGGGACGUUGGAGCUCAGAGCGAGCCGCCUGCUGACCCCACUGACCAGCACUGACCCCACUCAGCAGCCUCCCUUCGAUUCCCGGGCUCCUUACACGGUCCGUUGUGCAAGCAAAUGAUUCUGACUCGUUCACGAACUCAUUUACUUGACGGCUUGGCUGCCCAGCGACGUGCAAAACGCCCGUGGAUGCUGCAGGGGAGCGGCCACACGUUGGGGGCCCAGGCCACACCCUCCAGGAGCCUCCCUUCCCAUGCACGACACAGGUGACCAAAUACCCACAGCGUGAGGGAGGGCGUCAUCGCCGUAGUAAGAGGCCGGUGCGUCGCCGGGUCCUGGGUGUGGAGCGGUCUGUCCGUGCGUUCAGGGACUCUGGGAAGGGCUGACCUCGUUCCGUGGCCGGGCUUCCGUGGGCACAAGGUCAGGGAAGGUCGUUGCAAGGGAAUGUGCCUGUGCCACAAGGGUCACGUAUUCCUUGUGCCAUGAACUGUGCAUACGUUUGUGAAUGCUUAUUUCAAGAAGAAAUAUGCAGUGAACGAUCUCUUAAGCCUCAAGGUGCAACGGUCUGCAAAUCUAUGCGAAUCUAUGGUGUUUCCUUCCCAUCAAGGCGUUUCUCCCAAAAAGGCCCAGCUCCCCAGGGACAGCCGGCCUCACUGCUCUUCUGCCCCUGCCUGGAAGGCUGUGCUGGCGGGGUCUCGGGGAAGCCUGGGGGCAGGUCCCCUGAGGCGCGAGUGGAAGCCCGCUGCCCAGGAGCAAUCUUCACAGACAUUCAUUUUAACUCUUUCUGGACCAAUGCGUCCCCUGUGCCUCAGCGCCACCGGCCCAAGGAUUCCCUCCGGCCAGAGGACGCCUGCCCUCACAGCUGUGUCCUGCCUCUUUGAUCACGCACUACGGAAAACUCGGCACUGGAGUCCUGUCUCAAUGAUCCCCAUGAAGUCAUACUGUCUUCACUAGUCAGCGGUACAGUUUUGGGUCUUGAAGUCUCACCCUGCUAAGCACACACUCUCGGUGAGGUCUGCAGGCGCCACUGUCUGUAACCUGGAAACCUCUUAUGCUCCCGCAUGCUCAGGGCCGUUUCCUACCGGUGGGACGGAGGGAUGCUGUCCUCUGGGGUCAGCCAGACGACUGGAGGGAGAUUAUCUGUGACAGGACUUCCCAGCUUUGUAACCGUUUUCCCUUCCAGGACUCGAUCAGCUCAUCCGGGCCCUUCCUGCCAAUGAGGGAGCAGGUAGCAGCCCAGGAGCCUGGCCGGCUGGGUUUUGCGUGGGUGAGAAGGACGGCCCUGCUCUCUUUGUCCACACUCGCUCCCGGAGCGUCACUUAGCCCGCCGUGGAAGCGCCCGACCGUCCCCCCCCAGAGCCCCACGCUUGCUCUGGCCUCGCCCGGAGUCCUGCAUGGACGUGCAGCCCGCAGCACGGGCACCCACACGACCUCCGCCUGCCCCGCCCCCACCCCGCGUGUCCCCUGCCCCUCCUGCGGCCGCAGCCCCAGGAGAGGGCAGCCUCUGGGUGCCUCUGGGUGCGUCUCACGCCUACGUCCAAUCCCCCCUGCAAACCUGCCGUUCUGCCCACAAAAUGCCCAGAACUGGCUGCUUCUCACCCCUGCUCUGCUCCUGACCACCUGUAGCCGGGACUGUCACCGAGACCUGUGCCCGCCCUCCCUGCGCCUCCUGCCACGCUUCACGCUGUCCCCUAUGUGGCACCUGGCGUGGCUGUGGGAACACGUCAGAGCCUGUCACCAGUGCGCAGGUGGUGGGGGGUGGGGGGCUCCUCUUACUCAGAAGGGAACUCAGAGCCCUUAUAAGCCCCUGCGGGACUUGACCCCUGCAGCCAAGCUUCACACUCCAGAACAUUCCUCCGGCUGCUCCUCUUCUGAGUGUGCAGGCAUUGUGCUCCUGCUGUUUCCCCCACCAUCAGGAGGCAGGGAAGGACAGGGAGUGGGGUCGCUGGCUACCUGCCGGGGACCGGAGCAGUGGUCUCAUGCAGCAGGCGUUUGUAAGCAAAUCACCGUGAGCAACGUGAGACUUUGCCUGUUGUCCUUUUCUAAAGCUUAGACAAGAAUACUUGAGUUGUCAUUUCUAUGAAAUAAACUACACACGUGCAGAAUAUACCGUCGCACUUUAUAAAGCACUUUCACAUCUGCAGUCCACCCCCGCUGACCUUGACCGUGUGAGGGGUCUGCCCUAGUCCCCAGAGGAAGAGCGCCCCAUGGGCGGUGCACGCUUCGGGCAUCUGGACUCCCGGCGCUGGGGGUUUGCUCUUGCUUUGUGUGUUGAAUGGAAGCCACAGAAACGCCUCCCCACCCAGAGAUACGAUGCGGCUGUUAGAUAAGAUUACCCGACCAACGUGUUGAGCAAAAAAGCAGGUUUCAGGAUCACAGAGAGAUUGUGGUUGAAGAAAGUCUUACCAGAUGCAGUACAGAGACAAAGGUACAGGGUUUGUUUCCCUCCUUUUUCAAUUUCCGGUGGCUUAUGUCUAAAACCUUCCUUGUCUUGUUUUUUUCUUUUUUUUUAAAAUUUUUAAUGUUUUUAUUUAUUUUUGAGAGAGAGAGAGCGAGCGAGCGAGCAUGAGCGGGGGAGGGGCAGAGAGAGAGGGAGACACAGAAUUUGAAGCAGACUCCAGGCUCCGAGCCGUCGGCACAGAGCCCGACGCGGGACUCGAACCCACGAACCGCGAGAUCAUGACCUGAGCUGAAGUCGGACCCUCCACCGACUGAACCCCCCCAGGCGCCCCAUAAAAGCCUUCCUUGCCUUGUUAAGAGCACAUGUCCCCAUCUGACGUAAGAGGAUACCUCUGUCCCGGGAGAGGGUGAUCUUACACGUGACGCACAUUGUCAGCUGAACAGAAUGGACGUACGCGGGAAGCACCACCAGGACUUGAGCACAGAAGCAGAAAACAAGGAACACGGACCAAGGAGAUGAGAAGUAGCCACUCCCACACCUGCCCCGGGAGCCAGAGCAGAAAGGGCACACGUCCGGGUCUCGUGGUCCCACGUCCUCGAGCGCGAGAGCAGAGAAAGAGGGCCCUCUGGGGGCCCUGAGAAUGAAGUUUGGCUGAAACAAGUCACUUGUGUGAACCCGGGUUGUGGAAAGGGCAUUGUAAUGACGCGUUCAGGAAGCAGGCGCUAACGUAAUUGGAACAAGGGAAGGACUGACGCUCCCCUCUGUGUAGCAAGCUCUCUAACAGCGGGCUAAUGAAUGGUCUAAGCAGGCUUGAAAGAGAAAUAUUUAAGAUACUAAUGGCAAACAGUCUUCUAACAACCUUAAAGCCCCAAGUGUUAAUAAUGUAUCUGCUAAUUAUAAGCCAGGUUUAUUUAGUCACUGAAGAAGGUGGCCUAAGGAUCUCUCUUUGAUAACAUCUGCUUAAUGAAAUUUGAAUUUCUGUACAAGUUUGAAAGUAAUAAAGUGGAAUAUAUUUUUAAAUAACAUAACAGACUUUCUCCUAACUUCUAAUGAAUGCUGCUCUCAUGGCCCACAACAGUGAGGUCCAGGCAACACGCAGGUAUUCGAGUCUGAAAAGUUACACUGUGAAAUUUAUAUCGUGUUUAAUUCUAAUCUGUCUACAAAUGGCAUUAAAUUAAAAAAAGAGGCCAGUAUGUAAAUAUAAAAAGACCUCCCCUCCAUUUGUCUAUGGCCUAGUACUAAAAAAUGUUGAGUACCCAGAUGCUAAAAAGAGUCAUAAGCUUUUCAAUUGUAGGAAUAAAAUAUUCCUGAAUGUUUAUUAGAAUAUGGUAAAAAAUAUCUUUAAAGAACAGUACAAACCGAGUCUGGGGUUCUCAGUGGCACUGUCCUAUAUGGACAUCCGCUUGAUAGCUGUGACAUUUAAAUUAGCUUUGACAAAAUGGACACCCUGGAAAGUGCAUUCCCCUGGCGGCCAGGGCGCGGUGCGGCGCCCAGGAGGUGCGUGUGGCUGCGGCUGCAGACCUCGGUUUGUCUGACCUCGUCCAGACCUAGAUCUGGACGGAGCAGAUCUAGAACAUUUCCAACUCCCCAAGACUUCUGUUGGACGGCCCUGAAAUACUCAUCUCACAAAGCCGAAUUACAUUUUCGUUUGGUUAUUAGAAACUAUUUGCACUGAAAAUUUUUUUCUUAAAAAGAAAAUCAGGCGAGACUGGGAUUUCUCACGUCUUUACGCUAUUACAAUCUUCACGGACUCUCCUGGAAGGCCGACCACAUACCACUAUUUCCUAACUGCGGGGAGAGGACACUACUGAGCACCUGUGGAGCCUGGAGACUUUGGCCAUGCGGAGAACCAAAUGGCAGUCACCAGGGCCAGGGUUGUACCUCUUUCUGUAAACAGGCAGCCGCAGAACUGCACCCCCCGUAAGGAGGCGGGUGGGAUUUCCCCUGAACGGUCACUCCCGGGAGAUCACAGGUCGUGUUCUGGGAUAAAGACCUGGGCAGGUGGGGUUGUGAGCCGUUCUGCUCCUGGGUCCACCUGCAGAUACUUCAGCCCUUCGGGGUCCGUCUUUCUAAUCAAGAAAGAAACCAAAGAGAAUGGUUCUCUCUCCUGAAAUUGUCAGGAAAAAGUGUCCUCCAAAAUCCUUGUCAAUAAUUUCCCAGAAGGAACAUCUACUGUAUUUCCAAUUUUGUUCAUUUUGCUCCGGGGAACUGUAAAUUAGUGAAGUGUUUACUGAAAUAAAACCUCAAAUUUAUAAUUAAAGGCCGAUGAACCCGGUCCUUAGUGGCCACACGUCUUUCCCAAGGAGGCUGGCCUCUCGCCCUACUCAGUGCCAAUGUGGGGCUCCCGUGAUGUUGAAGGGAGGUCCACGCUGAGAAUCACCCCAGCGGGGCCAGGCAUGACAGGAAUACGAGACCAAACCCCCGGGAAUUGCGAGAGGCCAGAGUCAACUAGACGUAGCGUAUGAAGCAGACCCAACGACAAUUUGAUGUGCUCUGUGACAGGAAGCGUGCCUAGCUCUGAAUCCUGGCCUGAAACCGCGGACAACAAAGCCUAUAGGUUCACACACACACGUGUGUGUGAAUACAUUAAUGACAUAUCUUCUACGUAAACGUGUACGCAUAUAUAGAAUACCUGUAAAACUGUAAUAUGUGAAAUUGUAAGGAAAAUAAUGUUUCCUUUGUCUGGCGCACCAAGUAUGCUGCGUAUUUAUAAAGAGAAGUGAGUAAUCCGGAAGUGAGGUCCACCUAAAACGUCUGACUGUGAGUUCCUUGAGGGCAGACCCUGCACCUGUUCUCCGACUACCGAUUACAGGUGUUUAAAUAAAUAAGUGAAUGAAGCAGUGUGGCUCCUGGCUCGUGGACAUGCUGUGGUGUGUGCUCCCAUCCAGAAGUCUCUGGAGGGUCCAGACUGCCCCCCUCCGAAGGGCUGCAGGCUGUGAGCCAGAGGCGAGCGCGGGGACAGCCUGGGCAUGUGCGUUAAGUGAUGCGCGCGUACCUACAGGCUCCAGAGGGGCUCCCCGGACCUCCUGCCCAGUGUCACCAGCAGGGGCUUUCCUGUUUGAAUUGGAGGACACGUGAUGUCCUCCACACCUAGAGACUCACUGACUACGGGGUGACUUAAGGUUCUCAUGAUACAAAGUCAUUCAGUAAAUGAUCAAUUAACUUGUACAUUCUCCUCCUUUCAAUUCUGGUUAAUAUUUUCACAAAAUCCCAAUUUUAAAAAGAGCUAUGUGAUUUUUGUGCAUUGAUAAUAAUGUUCACUGAGCGUCCUCUACGUGCCUGCUUCCAGCACGGUCCCAUUUCACAGGGGAGGACACUGAGGCACCAAGUCCGAACGACAGUGAGGCCCACGCAAACACCCGAACUGCAUCCCAGAUGUUGCCGGAGAGCCCUGGGUGUGCUUCUGGAAAGCACAGGUCACUUCCUAAAGGGAAUGGGACACUGAAGUUUGCUUCCGGUUUUGUUUUGGUUGGUGUGUGUGUGGAUGACCUCCGGUGAGGUUAACGAGAUGUACGCCCACGUCCAAACACCUGGGAUGCCCAUUGCACAGUCUGGGCGUAACGUUGACCACCAGGAGAAGGAAGUGGGGAGGGGGCUCCCUCGCAGAGACUGAGCCCAGGACGCGGGGCAGCGAGCCCCCUCCCGUGGUGCUGACCGUGGCAGCGUCCGUGCUCCCGGGAGAGUGGAGGCUACUCUGGUUGUCCUCCCCGUAAGCGAGAGUCUCCGUGAGCCGUGAGCUGAGGAGCACACAGCUUUGCUUUACCUGUUAUGUGUGUGUGCUCACCCGUGUGUGUUCAUCUGUGUGCAUAUCAACGUGUACAUGUGUGUUCAUCAUGUGUGUGCUCACCUGUGUGUGUGCUCAUCCGUGUGCGUGCUCACCCGUGCAUGCUUAGUUAUGUGUGUGCUCACCCGUGUGUGUUCACCCGUGUGUGUGCUCAUCUGUGUGUGUUCACCCGUGUGUGCUCACCUGUGUGUGUGCUCAUCCGUGUGUGUUCAUCUGUGUGCAUAUCAACGUGUACAUCUGUGUGUUCAUCAUGUGUGUGCUCACCCGUGUGUGCUCACCCGUGUGUGUUCACCCAUGUGUGUUCACCUGUGUGUGCUCACCCGUGUGUGUGCUCAUCUGUGUGUGUUCACCCGUGUGUGCUCACCCGUGUGUGUGCUCAUCC